AUGAAACUCGCUAAAGAAGCAAUGAAAAAAGAAGCAAUGAGCCUAUACAAAGACUCAGAAAUUAUCCAAGAAGCUGAUGACAAGUAUUUUGAAAGAAGCUCGAGGGAAAUACACUUUGGAGAAAGCCGAGAUGAAUCCGAUUAUAGAAGAGAGUUUGGCUUCUGUAAAAUUGACCCUGUCAAACUGGAAGGCGAAGAAAGCGGUGAUGACAUGCCAUUAAGUGACAAGACGAGUUCAACUAUAUUUGAAGACAUUAAUCUGAAAAGACAGACAAGUAACAGGUUAUGUAAACCACAAAUAUUACAACGUGGAUCAAAGAUUGAUUAUUUAAUCAUCUUGUUAACAGAUUAUGAUACAAUAUGUGAAAACAGAGUUAUAUUGGAAUAUCAGAUAGCUAUUGAUAAUGAAGAAAAUCAUCCUGAUGAUCCUAUGGAUGUUGAUUAUACUCUUUAUAAUCUCUCCGGGCAACUUCCAGUGGAUAAUACUGAAUAUGAAGAAGUUGAUGAAGAAUCUGAAUAUGAGGAUGAAGAUGAUGAAUAUGAAUACAAGGAAGAAACCUAUACUACAAAUUCUCCCAUUGAAAACACUUCUAAUAAUCGGCCAGCUAUUGAAAAUGUUAGUGAACUUAUGAUAUUCAGUAUUCUUUAUAAACCAGCUAGUGAUGUAGUAACUAUAAAGUGCAAAAUCAAUAAAUUAAGUAUCCCUUGA